AGCUACGAGUAAGCGAGGUGUGUUUUUUGUGUCAGUGUGUGUGACUUCCACAGAGGAAAAGUGCCUCCGGCGAAGCCACCCCCGCCCCCCGCCGGCUGUGGCUCCCGGCUGACCCGAGGACUUCACACCGCCACGUUCGGACUCCUGGAACUUAAAAAAAAAAAAAAAAAGUCCCGUCAUUUUUUAGUCGUAAGCGAUGCACUGGCAGCAUGGCCAAGUGGUUCAAGGAGCACCUCGGAUUCAAAACUACCAAAGCACCCCCUCCGGCGCCCCCGAAGCCGGACUACCGACACUGCCUCACCGGUGUGACCGGCGCGCCUGGCUUCCAACCGGGGGCCACUUUCACGCUCAGCCCCGCUCAGCCGGACAUCCUUGCCGCUUACAAACUCCAAAAGGAGCUGGACUUCGAGGACCCGUACACUCCCGCUGGAAAUAUGUCGUUCGCCGUGGGCUCGCCGGACAUCAAGUACGUGUCUCCGAAGCACCGACUCAUCAAGGUUGAGACGGUGGAGAAGAGCAACCCGGCGCCGAGUACUGAUGGUGGAGGCGUUGGUGUGACGGUCGCUGAAGCCGUCGCCGUGGGCAGCGUGAAAUCUCCCACUUCUCCCCCCACGGAACAGGACAAUAAGGAGAAGCUCAUUAUACUGGAGGACUACGCUGACCCUUUUGACGCCGAGCAGGCUGGCGGCAUGCAGGGCAGCACAGAGAAAGUGACCACAGAGAACGACGGAUACAUGGAGCCAUAUGAGGCCCAGAAGAUGAUGGCAGAAAUCCGAUCCAGCGGUCGCGGGUCGAAGGACGGCGGCACCAAGCAACUUCCCCUGUACGACACCCCGUACGAGCCCACCGAGAACGGCGGAGACUCAGACCCCGAGCGCUCUCGCUGCCCCCGAGAGAGUCGACUGCCUCAGGACGACGAGCGACCGCCCGAAGAGUAUGACCAGCCCUGGGAGUGGAAGAAGGAAAGGAUUUCCAAAGCCUUUGCAGUCGAGAUUAAAGUGAUCAAGGACCUUCCGUGGCCCCCUCCAGUGGGGCAGCUCAACAGCAGCCCUCCCCUGGUGGAGGAGCUGGAGUCGCCCUCGCCGAUGGGUCAACCCUCGCUUGGACAAGCCACCAGUGAACAGCACCACCAGGUCCAGUUUGACAAUGUGGAGAAGUCUCGAAUGUCGCCCACCAAAGACGGGAAAACACGUCCGCUGCAGCGGCACUCCAGCGGCUGCUUGGUGAACACCAAAAUGACGUCAGCGGAGCAGCCCAACUCGUCCGUGGGGGAACGCAUCGAUCCCAGCAUGGCCUUGGAAAGCCAAUUCUGGUACCACGGCGCCAUCAGUCGGACGGACGCAGAAUGUCUACUCCGGCUGUGCAAGGAGGCAAGCUACCUGGUGCGGAACAGCGAAACCAGCAAAAAUGACUACUCCCUCUCACUUAAGAGCAGCCAAGGCUUCAUGCACAUGAAGCUGUCCAGGACCAAGGAGAACAAGUACAUCCUGGGCCAGAACAGCUGCCCCUUUGACUGCGUGCCCGACAUCAUCCACUUCUACUCCAGUCGCAAGCUACCCAUCAAGGGAGCCGAGCACAUGUCCCUGCUGUACCCUGUCGCCAUCAGGACACUAUAGUGCCCCACAAAAACCAACACGCCCCUUAUGGAAAGGGAAAUCCCCAAAACUGCUGAUUCUGACUCACCUCACUGGCCGACAGAUUCCCACAGAUCCUUCUUUUAUGUUUUAGUUUAUUUAUGACCGACACACAUUUACUUCCCAGUUUUGGCGGUCCCACAGAGAGGCUACACCUACAUUUGUCAAGGCUCGUCAGCUGGAAAACUUGAGUUCUCUGUCAGGUUAAUACUAGGGAUGGGCAAUUGACUACAUUUUCUUUGAAAAUCAAUUUUAACAGGAUCAUAAAGUAUCACUGUACGUUCUGAGCUUCCUUCCAAAAAGGUUGCGAUGGAUGAGGUCUGGGUGAUGGGUGACAAUUAAGAAACAGUACUGUGGCUUAUUUGCUUCUUUUUCAGGCAGUUGUCACGAGAAAGUCUAAUUGCAUCAAUAACAGGCUUAUAACUAGCAAAACACUUGAGUCGUGAGCUUACUAAAUAACAACAAAACCAGGAAGUAGCCUGCUAACUAAAUAGACAAAUUGGAACCGGCAUCAGAGCAUUCCUGAAGUUCUGAACUUCCAUUUCGAUGCCAGUGGAGUAUUUAUCGAAAUGAUGCUGCCUGGUUAUGUCGCCGCAUGUAAGAUGUGGGUGGGUGUGUGACAAAAAAGUAACGACACUGUGAAUUUCAGACUUUUGUGUAGUGCCCUACUGUCACGCGACAGUUUCGUUUCUUUAUUGUCACAACUUGUAGGCCUUAACUGGCAUUCUAACUAGCAAAUAAACCACGGAGUAAACAGCAUAACUAAACAUGGAUUAGAUCAUCCCUCAAAUUCUAAACUUUCAUUUCCAUGCCAGUGGAGUAUCAAGAGUGUUAAUGGUGUCAGGAAAAGUUGCUAUCGUGUAGGUCUCCAUGGAUGUGUGACAAUAAAGAAACGAGACUGUGGCUUUCAGGCUUUUGUGUCAGUGCCCUGCUUUCAAAGGACAGUCUUGUUUCUUUAUGGUCACUCGUAUGCCUUCGGUGACAAGUUGUGUUUCUACAUUUUUAGUUAGCAAACUAGUUGAGAUUGAAUCAACUGUGUGAAGAAUUAGCAUGCUAACCAACUAAGAAACAAACCAAGAAAUAGCCUGCUAACAAACAGGCAAACUACAAACCCCGAUUCCAAUGAAGUUGGGAUGUUGUGUAAAACGUAAAUAAAAACAGAACACAAUGAUUUUUAAAUCCUUUUCAACCUAUAUUCAAUUGAAUAGACUACAAAGACAACUGGUAAAGACAAAACUGGCAAACGUUGUUUCUUUUUUUUUGUGUGCAAAUUUUCACAGAUUUUGAAUUUGAUGCCUGCAACACAUUUACCACUGUGUUACAUCACCUUUCCUUUUAACGACACUAUAAGCGUUUGGGAACUGAGGACACUAAUUGUUGAAGCUUUGUAGGUGGAAUUCUUUCCCAUUCUUGCUUGAUUUCCCAUUCUUACUUCAGUUGCUCAACAGUCCGGGGUCUCCAUUGUCAUAUUUUGUUUGCGCUUCAUAAUGUGCCACGCAUUUUCAAUGGGAGACACGUCUGAACUGCUGGUAGGCCAAUAUCGUACUUGCACUCUUUUACUACGAAACCACACUGUUGUAACAUGCAGAAUGUGGCCUGGUAUUGUCUUGCUGAAAUAAGCAAGGACGUCCCUGAAAAAGACGUUGCUUGGAUGGCAGCUUAUGUUGAUCCAAAACCUUUAUGUACCUUUCAGCAUUAAUGCUACCUUCACAGAUGUGCAAGUUACCCAUGCCAUGCCACUAACACACCCCCAUAUAGUCACAGAUGCUGGCUUUUCAACUUUGUGCUGAUAACAAUCCAGAUGGUCCUUUUCCUCUCUGGCCUGGAGGACACGGCAUCCAUGAUUUCCAAAACCACUUUGAAAGGCGGGCUGUUCAAAUCACAGCACAAUUUUCCACUUUGCGUCAGUCCAUCUCAGAUGAGAUCGGUCCCAGAGAAACUGGCGGCAUUACUGGGUGUUGUUGAUACAUGGCUAGAUGUAGCGACAAACUGUGUUAACUGGCAAUAGUUUUCUGAAGUGUUCCUGAGCCCACGUGGCAAUAUCCUUGACACAAUGAUGCCGUUUUUUAAAGCAGUGCCGCCUGAGGGAUAAUCAAAUGUCACGGACAUUCAACGUUGGUUUUCAGCCUUGCCGCUUACGUGCAGCGAUUUCUCCAGAUUCUUGGAAUCUUUUGAUGAUAUUAUAGGCCGUAGAUGAUGAACUUCCUAAAGUCCUUGCAAUUGUACAUUGAGAAACAUUGUUCUUAAACUGUUGGACUAUUUGCUGACGCAGUUGUUCACAAAGGGGUGCAACUCGCCCCAUGCUUGCUUGAGAACAACUGACCCUUUUGGGGACGCUCCUUUUAUACCCAAUCAUGACACUCACCUGUUUCCAAUUAACCUUUUCAUCUGUGGAAUGUUCCAAAAAGAUGGCAUCCCUCAAUUUACCCAGUCUGUUGCCCCUGUCCCAGUUUUUUUUUGGAACGUGUUACAGGCAUCAAAUUCAAAGUGAGAGAAUAAUUGCAAAAAACAAUAACGUUCGUCCGUUUGAACAUUAAAUAUGGUCUAUGGAGUGUAUUCAAUUGAAUGUAGGUUGAAAAUGAUUUGCAAAUCAUUAUAUUCUCUCUUUAUUUACGUUUUAUACAACAUCCCAACUUCAUUGAAAUUGCGGUUUGUAGAAACAGGACUGGGUCAUCCCUCAGAAUGUGUGACAAUAAAGUAACGAGACUGUGGCCCUAAUGACGUGGCAGUCUCGUCCCUUUAUUGUUGUAGGCCUGAGCUGACAUGUUGCCUUCUUUAGACAGCCAACUAGUUGAUACUGAUCCUGGUUCAGGGCAAGUACUAUACUCCAUUUUGUCUAUAUUAUAUCAGAAUACUGAAUGAGCCACUAAUUGUUAACAUCCCCAUCCCUAGUUGAUACUCUAUGCACGUAGAUGCACUGCAAAGGGGGAAAGUGAAAAUUGCCCAUGUCCGAGGGGGUCUGGCUUUUGCGUUGAUCUCUCUUUCCCGUCAUCAUCCAUACUCUCCGCCAUCCGUCAGCGAGGGGGAGGCGCAUAAUGCCAAUGACAGCGUAAGUGGCAAGACAGGCUGCAGAGAGAGCGUGAUGGAUGGGUUAACCCACCCAAAAAACCAGAAUGGAGGAACUAACCCCCAACCCCCCCUCCCACCCCCCCUUUUAAACCAGGAGCUGUCCCGCCUCCCCCCUGCCACAACGCCCGCAUUGUCUACCUCAGAAAAUCAAUGCCAUUCAGCCGUCUGUCUGCGGAUCAAUAGGUACAGUGGGACGGCCGGCAUCGAUUUGCUCUCACCUUCCCAAUUUCCUUAAAAUCGCAUCAUUCAUUUUGGAUUUAAAAAAAAAAAAAAGAAAAAAAAAGACAAUUCAAGCCCUGCUUUGGUGUGUUAGUCACUACUACGAUGCUGUGUGAUGUCAAAUGUUUGGUUGAAGCCUUAUAAUGCACGGCGAUCAUCUGACUACAAUCCUGCUUUUGAACGAUUGUUCCAUGACUGUAAUUUAUUGGUGGGCUAAUUAGCCGCCCUUUUUGUCGUGAUCGUAUUCUCCGGGAUGACUCCUGUGGUGCUCUACAUUUUGCUCUUCUUGUCUGCUCGUCAUGUCUCGGCCCAAUUCUUCCUGACCAAUCGCAGUGCAGGUUGAUGAACAUUCAAACUGGAACUUUAUGCAUUCACGUCUCCAUUGCAAACACUCAAAACACUAACAGUCCUGAUUUGAAACACUUUAAGAAUGGCAGUCACUUCUUGGAUUUUGCUCACCAAGCACCACUUCGAUUUUGCGAUAGCGUAACUAGGGAAUGAUUGUAUUGUUAGUCCAAUUCUUAAAAUUAUGUCCCUACAGUGGACUCUCAGAACUUGAAUGCAAUCAGGAAGCUGUAUGACCUUCGAUUUGCUGGAUUUGUGGAAUAAUGAAUAAUCCAGAAAUUAAACUGGGCAAAUUAAAAUUUAAGCAUUUUUAAGUGUCCAAAAAUAAGUCAUACAAGUCACUGUUGUUAAUAGUAUCACAUAAAAGCAAACUUACUUUUACUGUUAGGGUCAUUUUUUUAAAGUUCUAGAUCAAACUGUUUCCAAUAUAAAGUAUUUCAACUGUACAUAUUAUUGACGUUUUGAUUGCUUGUAUAAAAAAAAGUUCCUUUAACUUCCUUUUAGCUCUAUCUUUGUCAUAAACAUUUUCGUACGGAAGGGUAUCCGCACAAUAUAGCCAAAGAAAAAAGACCCUAAAACAGCCCCGUUCUGAAUUCUUGCGUGCCUUUUGCACCAUAUUUUCCUUCUCAGAAACAUUUUCAAGUAAAUUUAUGAGGCGAGCAUAACGAACCCUUCCCUGUUGGUCCACUGUCGUAAAUUUAUGACAGGUCAUCUUGCUGAUGUCAUUAAUGAGUUAGCAUUAGCAGUGCUAGCCCACAGAUGCACAUUACAGCUAUGGCCAUAUUUCCCCUUAUAAAAUCCAUCCAUCCAUCCAUUUUCUGAGCCGCUUCUCCUCACUAGGGUCGCGGGCGUGCUGGAGCCUAUCCCAGUUGUCAUCGGGCAGGAGGCGGGGUACACCCUGAACUGGUUGUCAGCCAAUCACAGGGCACAUACAAACAAACAACCAUUCACACUCACAUUCACACCUACGGGCAAUUUAGAGUCUCCAAUUCAUGCAUGUUUUUGGGAUGUGGGAGGAAACCGGAGUGCCCGGAGAAAACCCACGCAGGCACGGGGAGAACAUGCAAACUCCACACAGGCGGGACCGGGGAUUGAACCCGGGUCCUCAGAACUGUGAGGCUGACGCUCUAACCAGUCGGCAACCGUGCCGCCCUUACAAAAUUUUUUAGUAAAUUUCCAAAUUAUUUGACUACCGACACCUUUGGGAUCCGAGGGUCUACUGUAACAUAUUGUUCAUGUCAAGUCAUCAUGUGAAUUUUGUCCAAUUGAACUAGCAUUAAUAAUGCUAUUUCACAGACAACUGAGGCGUAUUACCAUCAGGGACCAUAUUUUCCCCCCUUUAGGGUAAAUUUCUGUGUUGUUCAACUACCAAACCCUUCUCUAUUGGUCCAUUGUCCUAGAUUUAUGUUCAGUCAUCUUGCUUAUGAUUUCUACAAGUUAGCAUUAACAUUGCCACAGACAUCCGUUACCGCCAUUGACCGUAUUGUCCUUUGAAAACUUUGCGGUAAAUAUCAGAGUUGUUCGACUACAGAGUUCUGAGUGUCAGCACUAUAGUAAAUUUGUAUUUUUCUUUAACUGUACGCUAAUAAUUUUGUCAAAAUGACUUGGCAUUAGAAAACGCCAGAUAACAGACGCAAAUAUACUGCCAUGGACCAUAUUUUUCACCCAAAUUUCCAUGUUGUUCAUCUACCAAAACCUUGAGGGUCAACUAAACGUUUUAUGCCCUGUCACCCUGAUAAUGUUGUCAAAUUUAGUUAAUUAGCAUUUCUAUCCCAUAGACGACUGAGGUGAACUACAAUGGCCCCAAAAUAGAAUAAGAGGUCUUCCGAUCAUUUGCUUUCAUGGGUGAAACACUAACAUGCAUUUAACGGAGUUGCUUGGUGAGCAAAUCCACAACAAAUGGUCAAGUGUAGGGGAAUUAACAAGUGAGUGUUCGGACUCUGGAGCGUUAUCUGGAUCGCCGCUAAGUGUGUGCUAUGCAACCGGAUGACUCACGACUGGUGUUUCAAUGGUACCAAAUGUCCCACGGGUCGAUGAAAAUGACUCACCUGCUUAAAAAGUCGAACCGGGUGCCGUCGCGGUGAGGACAACUUCAUUGCAGCUUUACUACAACUUCAAGUGGACCUAUGAGAGAGAAGAUUUAGAGAAUAUGAAUGAAUGUCGACGUAGGCUUUAAAUGACUUGCAGAACGGUGUUAUAGUACCAGAGAGGAGGCCUUAGUUUUGGAGGAAAGAGACUGCAAUCCACGGAGGACUCUUCUGUCUCAAGUGUCUUAAAUUGUGUGUGUGUAUGUGCGUGUAUGCAUGUGUGGCGAACCCCUCAUGGCCAAAUGUAUAUACUGAAUGUAUCGUAAGCACAGGGGACGCGGAGGCAUCUACAUAAAUAAAAGAAGAAGUCGGGUUUAU